AGAAAAAAAAUUAUGUUAAGUAAAGAUACAAUAUAAUCGAAUUUAUCAUAUGGUUGUUGAACGUGUAGCCACCGCAUAAACAAUGAACACAGACACUGUCUAGUUCAAUUGCCAUGCGAUGUUAUACAGUCCGAACUUCAUAAACUAGUAAUAUCUGGUUUCCCGCUUAUUGUGCUAACUCACGUUCGCACUCAGACCAACUAGAGCGUUUGUUGAAAAGUUUAAGAGUUAAUAGCAGAAGAGAUUGUAUCUUUUAUAAACAGGCGUUAAAUAUUUAAUUCGAAUUGACUGUGAUGUGCUCGCAUGUGCUAUUGCAACUAACCGAGGUUCCACAUCGUCAUUAACAUCGAGUCAUCACAUUAGAAGAUAGUGAAAGUGGAGUCAGAGAGACGUGUGGAUCGUUUGAAUGGCUCAAGAAACAUUCCCGCUGACAGCAGACGAAAAAUUGGCAACGGAAGCAACAGCGCUUACAUCAGUGACUCAGGAUGUUGAAGAAGCAACGGAACCAGUUAAAGUGAAAGUAAAGGCCCGCGAAGUUUGGGCGAAAAAGAUUGACUUCCUGUUUGCGUUAAUCGGAUUCUCUGUCGGCCUCGGAAAUGUUUGGCGGUUUCCGUUCCUGUGCUACAAAAAUGGUGGAGGCGCCUUCCUGAUUCCGUAUUUCAUAGCCGUGUUUCUGGGUGGUAUCCCAUCAUUCUUCUUGGAGGUGUCGCUUGGUCAGUUUAUGUCCGAGGGAGGAAUCGGCGUCUGGAAAAUUGCACCUUUGUUUCAAGGUAUCGGUUACGCAAGCGCAGUCAUCGUCUUUAUCCUUAACUGCGAGUACAACAUUAUCCUCACCUGGGCCUAUUACUACCUCUUCGCAUCCUUCACCUCCGUGUUGCCAUGGUCAAACUGCGACAACGAGUGGAAUACGGAAACGUGUCACGUUGACCACCGGAAAAUCACGAAUAUGAUCGGAAAUAUAACGAACUAUUUGAACAUCACUGCAGUAAAUGUCAACGCCUCCUUAGUCGAUCUUGGUAUCACCGGCCUCCCCACGGCUCUGACGAACGAGACGCAAGUGCAUAUUAACGACCCGGUCACGGAAUUCUGGGAACGGAAGGUGUUGGGUCUCUCAUCCGGCAUCGACGAGCCCGGUGUUGUUAAAUGGGACCUGUGCUUGUGCCUGCUGUUAGCCUGGGUGAUCGUGUACUUUUGCAUCUGGAAGGGAAUCAGAUCGAGCGGCAAGGUGAUGUAUUUCACCGCCACGAGUCCGUACGUGUUCAUGUUCAUCCUCUUGAUCCGGGGACUGACGCUAGAGGGCGCAAUGGACGGCAUCAAGUUCUAUCUGAUCCCAGAUUUCUCGAGGCUGACAGACCCACAGGUGUGGGUCGACGCCGGGACACAGAUCUUCUUUUCCUACUCUAUUUCAUUGGGGACGCUGACCGCGCUGGGAAGUUACAACCGGUUUAAUCACAAUUCUUUCAGGGACGCGCUGCUGUUUGCCGGCGUAAACACGUUCACCAGUCUUCUUGCCGGCCUCGUCAUCUUCAGCAUCCUCGGCUUCAUGGCCGUGAGGCAGGGUGUAUCAGUCGCUGACGUAGCAGAAUCAGGUCCUGGCCUGGCGUUCAUAGCCUACCCGGAAGCUGUGUCGCAGAUGCCGGUGGCGCCAUUGUGGUCGGCGCUGUUCUUUACCAUGAUCAUCCUGCUGGGACUGGAUAGUCAAUUUGUUGGCGUGGAAGGUUUCAUCACGUUCAUGGUUGACCUGUACCCGGAUGUGUUCCGAAAAGGUCAUCGAAGGGAAAUUCUCAUCGGGAUCGUGUGUGCAAUCUCCUUUCUUAUCGGUCUCUCCAUGGUGUCUCAGGGAGGGAUGUACGUAUUUCAGUUGUUCGACUACUACUCGUCCAGUAGAAUCGUGAUGAUUGUGGCCUUUUUCGAGUGCGUUGUCGUUUCGUAUGUCUACGGCGCGGACCGUUUCCAAGACAACCUGGAGAUGAUGUACGGUUUCCGGGUAUUUCCGGUGGUAAAGUGGAUGUGGAAGUUACUCACGCCGUUGUUUACGAUGUCUAUUUUCGCGCUGGGCGCCAUCACGUACUCAGAGAUAUCAUACGAGCGGAAGUUCGUCACGUACGAGUACCCGAAGUGGGCGAUCAUGAUCGGCUGGACGCUUGGUCUCUGCUCCGUGAUCAACAUCCCCAUAUUUGUCGUGUACAGGCUCUACCAGCAGAAAGGAUCACUCAGAAACAGACUUCGACUGGCCAGUAAACCAAUAUUAAAGAAACAUCAGAUACGAGUCGGUGAAGAUUUGAACAAGAUCAAUAUUGUUUUAGAAGAGCCCGAUGAAUCGUUAGAGGCCAAUGGUAUUAUUGACCGAGAAACAAACGGAAACACUCAUUUUGGCGCCAUAAAACCAUAACAACUUUGUAAGAAUAACCACGUGUUAUUUGUGUAUGUGUUCAAAGGUUACUCGAGGUUGUUACUCAAAACAGCGGUUCAAUCUAGAACGCAGUUGUUACACAACACUGUUUGCAUAGUGAUGGUCUAGAUACGAAGCCCGCCGCCAACUUGAAGGUGCUUGCGUGCAUAUACCAGAUUUAACAUGCAAUUAUCUAAACUAUAUAGUUAGUGUGCACAGUUAGGUACAGGACAUUAUCUUGAGCAUAAAUGUAAAGUUAUUAUAAUCAUCUUAUUUUAACAUUAAAGCAUUGAGUACACGCGGAUUGAACCGUUAAUAUAUUGCAAACACGAUGCGAGUAUUGUGUUAAAACGCAAAUAUUCAAUCGAAAAAAAGAAUCGCUCAGGAUGAUCUUCCUGUUACGUUAUAUUCAAAUCAAUGAAAAAGGCAAUCAUCUUGUAGAAGGAGUUUAAUUGUUUACAGAAAUAUAUCAAAGGUUAUGUUUUGAAAUAUGAUAUGCAUGUUUUAUGUUCAUCCUAAAACGCUGACAAAAAUAUUGUAUUAGGUCUUUCUGAAUUUAUUGAUUUGUUUCAAUAGCUUAGUGUAAAUUAAUGUUUGAAUAAGUUUUGGUUAUGAUUUCUUCAUCUUCAGACCAAGUUGUAAGUAUCUUACUGUGUGUUAAAUAUUCAUUCAGUACAUACCAGUAUAUGUGAUCUUAUUACUUUUUUUAAACAUUCUUUGAUGAUUCAAAAACUAGAAUAGAAGUUCAGAAAAGGUACAACCGGAAAAUACAAGAAAGGACAGUUUUAUUUAUUUGUAAAUAAUUGUAAGCUGUACACAUAAUAACUAUUCAUGUACACAAAACAUAUUAUACCAUGGGUUAUUCAUAUUAGUCUAUGCAGACGACACAUACACACAGUUUUGUUGUACAAGACAUAUGACGUGCAAAUGUAUAGGUAUCGGCUGUAACUUGCUCGUAAUAAUGUUCUCAGAACAAUAUUUAAUAAAUGUAACCAUAAACAGAUUUGUAAUUUUUAUUGACAUUCCUCGGCCUUAUUAAUGUGUUUGUUUAAGAUUGCAAUGAUAAAUGUUGAAACCGUAUGUACCCGCUUGCAGAACAUCGUAAUUGACCAGUUUUUACAUGUAAUUUGUUUUAACGUUGGCCAUGUGAAAGGUUGUCUUUUAAGUUUGUAUACACUGGUAACCUCUAGUACAAAUGCAUAAGCGCCUUUUAUAUACACGCAACAAUGUAAGUUCACAUUUUGUUCUAUAAUCAGCUGUCCAAUAUUAAUUGAAUAGUGCGUGUAUAAGAUACGUAUAUACCGGUGGAGUGAGUAAUAUCUAAUUGUCUAAAGCCUAUUAUUUUGGUUUGCUAGAACUCUAUCAUUAAAACUUUUUAAGCGGAAAAUUUAUAAUGUAGAUGCAUAAUGAUGCAAAUACAUUACUGUAAUUGGUAUAUACCAUUUAGCUAUGCAUGUGUGCACAUGUCAUUUUGUUUAGUAUCUGCUUUGUAAGCAUUGGUCAAUCUUGUGUGCCAUAUUGUAAGUAUUUUAAACAAUAAUGAAGCAUAUUGAGAGCUUAUUCUUUUGAAAUAAAGUAUUAAUAGUAUUAAUUGAUACAAUGUGUAA